CCGCCCACUCCGAUGAUGCCGGAGAAACAUGCGCCGACCCAUUUCGCUCCUAGCUUAAGCAAGUUAGCGGUUGGUAUUGACGUCCGAGCACGCAAGAUGGACACUGGCGAUGCAAUGGAAGUGGAGGGCUGGGACUCGGCUCUGGAGGAUGAGCUGGGUGUCUCUCUGGAUGAGCUGAAGAAGUUGAUCAACGAGAUGGUGGAGAACAGCGAGCUCGUGCAGAAGAAACGGGCUCAGCUCAGUGAACUGACUCAGCAGGUGGAGCAGAAGGAGCAAGAGGAGGCGGCCACGGAGAAGCUCAUCAACGAUACCAAAAAGUCAUUGGUGGAGUGCGAAAAGUUGGUGAGGGAGACGUACCAGAAGAACGGGCUGGUGUACAAGAGCAGCUCAGAGGACGAAGACGGCGGCGGCGGCGGCCCUACAAGUGCUGAGGUCAUAGAGAUAGACGAUGACGAUGACGACGAUGACGUUAUCGCCGUCGGAUGCUUGGUCCCGCCACAGAAAUCUGUCAUCACCAUUCAAGAACCAAUGGAUACCGCCAGUGCGAUAAGGAAAACGGCUGAGCAGGUCAACAAAUUGGUCCAAAUCGUCACCAGACCUUCGCCUGGGACCACCUUAACCAGAUCGCCAGCACAGUCAGGUACUCACCCCACGCCGCCAGCCGUGAUCGUGUCUCAGAUCAGCGCUCAGCCCGUGAGCCACCUCAGCCCCAAGAAGAGAGAAGAUGAGCUGCAAGUGGGCAUGAACAUUCUGGGCAAGAAACGCAUGAAGACCUGGCACAAGGGCACCCUGGUCGCCAUCAACGCCAUUGGCACCAAUUCCUAUAAGUACAAAGUGAAGUUUGACAAAGGCAAGAGUCUGCUCUCGGGGAACCAUGUGGCCUUCGACUACAACCCCACCUUGGAGAGUCUGUUUGUGGGGGCCCGCGUGGUGGCCAAGUACAAGGACAGCCACCAAAUGUGGCUGUAUGCCGGCAUUGUGGCGGAGAUGCCCACCACCAAGAAUCAGAUGAGGUUCUUGAUCUUCUUCGACGACGGCUACGCUUCCUACGUCAACCUGCCGGACCUCUUCCCUGUCUGCAGACCACUGAAGCGUACGUGGGAGGACAUUGAGGACGCAUCGUGCCGAGACUUCAUAGAGGAGUACAUCACGGCGUAUCCCAGCAGGCCCAUGGUGCUUCUUAAAGUUGGCCAGAUCAUCAAAACAGAGUGGGAGGGAACCUGGUGGAAAAGUAAAGUCGAGGAAGUGGACGGCAGCUUGGUCAAGAUCCUUUUUCUGGAUGAUAAGAGGAGUGAGUGGAUCUACCGCGGCUCCACCAGGUUGGAGCCGAUGUUCAACUUGAAGAUGACCACCGCCAACACGCAGGAGAAGAAGCUGGCCGGCCAGCUGAGGACGCGACCCAAUAUGGGUGCACUGAGAAGUAAAGGCCCCGUAGUCCAGUACACUAGCGACGGCCAUGUUGGAGCUUCUCCCAUUGGAGUUUCUCCGAUCAAGCCGGCACCCCCUCAGGGCCUUCUGACACCUCAAAUCCAACAGCCGCCAACCACCCCAACAAGCAGUAACCUCACUCAGUUGCCACGUUCCGAAACCAAACAUCAGAUGGCCAAGAAGAGCACGUCUCCGUUUGUUCCUGGCGUAGGCGGCACCCACGCCUCUAAAGUCAUGCAGUCGCUCGCCACCAACCCCAGCAACGUGCCAAGUCCCGCAGAGACUUCCAUGCCGGUUCAGUUGUAUCCCAAAGCGACGGUGGCCCCCGCCGCCCCGCCCGCGACGGCCCACCCGGCGGUCACCAUCCCGCACCAGCCGUCGUACCGAGCCCCGACCGACCGCAUCUUCUACAUGGAGCACCUCUGCCAGCCGGCCUGUUUGAACCGCGUACGGCCGGCCAAGCGCGACAUGCACCGAGGGAAGAACCCUCUCCUCAUACCGCUGCUGUACGACUUCCGACGCAUGACGGGCCGGCGCAAAGUCAACCGCAAGAUGACCUUCCACGUGAUCUACAAGGCCCCGUGCGGCCUCUGCCUACGUAACAUGACCGAGAUCCAGCGCUACCUCUUCCAGACCACCUGUGACUUCAUCUUCUUGGAGAUGUUCUGUCUGGACCCCUACGUGCUGGUGGACCGCAACUUCCAGCCGCUCAGGCCCUUCUAUUACAUCGCAGACAUCACCGGAGGGAACGAGGACAUCCCGCUCUCCUGCGUCAACGAGAUUGAUUCCACGCCGCCCCCUAAAGUUGCCUACAGCAAAGAGCGCAUUCCGGAGGACGGGGUGUUCAUCAACACAAGUCCAGACUUCCUGGUUGGGUGCGAUUGCACCGAUGGCUGUCAGGACAAGUCCAAAUGUUCUUGCCACCAGCUGACACUACAGGCUACCGGUUGUACUCCUGGUGGACAGAUCAACCCAAACGCUGGCUUUCUGAACAAGCGCCUCGAGGAGUGCCUACCCACAGGCAUCUACGAGUGUAAUAAGCGCUGCAAGUGCUGCUCUCAAAUGUGCACCAACCGGCUGGUGCAGCACGGCCUGCAGGUGCGCCUUCAGCUCUUCAAGACCCAAAACAAAGGCUGGGGCAUCCGCUGCUUGGAUGACGUGGCCAAGGGCUCCUUCGUCUGCAUCUACGCCGGUAAAAUCCUGACGGAUGACUUUGCCGACAAAGAAGGCUUGGAGAUGGGUGACGAGUAUUUUGCGAACCUGGACCACAUUGAGAGUGUGGAGAACUUCAAGGAGGGCUACGAGAGUGAGGCCCACUGCUCCGACAGCGAGGGCAGCGGUGUGGACAUGUCCAGGUUAAAAAUCCAGCCGUCUGCCUUAGUGGCAGCAAACUCCUUUGGACGGCAGGGCAAAAAGGCUGACAGCUCGAGGUCGUCCGAGGAAAGCAACGAGGAAGAAGAUAAGGAUUCCAAGAGUGACGAAAGCGACAGUUCGGAUGACACGUUUGUCAAAGACACCUACUACAGCAGCAGUUCUGUGUGGAGGAGUUACACCACGCGUGGACAAGCCAAAGGCCACAAGGAAGGGAGUCAAGACGACAAAGAUGGGAAUCCCGCUGCGGCCAAAGGUGACGACAAGUCGCUGCCCGUGACCGAGGAGACGGGAAAAAGCAAAGUGGCUUCCUGGCUCACCAGCCAGGGAAUGAAGAAGGACUCUGGAGACCUGAAGAGCCAAGUGAAGCCUGAUACGCCCAAAAAGCAAGACAUUACCACUCUCUCGGACAGCGACGACGUCCAGACCAUCAGCUCCGGAUCAGACGACAAUAAGGAGAAAGACAAAGUCGCCCCGGGCGUGGUCAAGAAGCAAGUGGCCGUGAAAUCCACUCGCGGCAUCGCGCUCAAGACCGGCCACGGCAUGAUGGUGAAGACGGGCGCACCUGGAGGCGGAGCGUCUCAGGGCGGGCCCGGCGGGAAGUCGGGCCAGCAGGGCACAACCGGCGGCGGCGGCGAGAGCGGCCACAAAAACACGCGGCAAUUCUUCGACGGCGAAGAGUCAUGUUACAUCAUCGACGCCAAGCUGGAGGGAAACCUCGGCCGCUACCUCAACCAUAGCUGCAGUCCCAACCUGUUUGUCCAGAACGUCUUUGUGGACACGCACGACUUGAGGUUCCCCUGGGUGGCUUUUUUUGCUAGCAAGCGUAUCCGGGCGGGCACGGAGCUGACGUGGGACUACAACUACGAAGUGGGCAGCGUGGAGGGCAAAGUGCUGCUUUGCUGCUGCGGCUCCACCGAGUGUCGCGGUAGACUCCUGUGACCGCACCGCUUCUUUAAAACAAAACAAAAAGCUAGGAUGUG